AAUAAAUAUUUCAUAUUUGUAUAAAAAAAAAUACUUUUUGAAAAUACAACAAGAGAGUUAAAAACAAAAAUUGAACAAAUAUAUUUGUUACUUUAUUGUGUCCACUUGUUGAGAAUAAUUUUACAUUCACUGUUUUGUUGCUAUGCAAUAAGAAGCAUUACCUUUAUUGUUUGUAUCAACCAAAAUAUUGCCUCUGUUGUUUGCAUCUAAGAAAACAUUAUUUUUUUUUUGUAUCUACUUAGACAUUAUGACAUUAGAAACAAAAAUCACAACAAGUUGCAAAAAAGAAAUUAUUCGGGAUGAUAUAAACGUGGAUUUUUCUGAAACUGCAAAUUCAAGUAUUGUUUGCAAUAAAUUUGCCAGUGAAGUUAUUGUUUUUCAUGUCACUGAUGAAAGUGAACAUAAAAAAAUACUAUUAAUGAGAAAAAAAACACCAAUUAACGAAGAACUAGCCACUGAAGUUGUUUUAGUUGAUAACUCAGAAUAUUCACGAAUUGAACAGCGUAUUAUAAACAGCAAAUUAUUAGCAGAACUGCAUAUUAACAACGCACGAAUUGAACAGCUACCGACAUAUUUAAGCUUAUCUAAAGAGUUUCUGCACGAUGAACCUCCGAAAUAUGAGAUAGUUACAGGAAAACCGCUGAAAACUCAGCUAAUGCAGGAUGGAUAGUGCAUUGUCAUCUCUGUUAGCAGUUAUUGUUGGAACGUUUGAACUGUAAUAAUAAGAGCUUAUAUUUUCCAUCCCUUUCCCAUCCUUAUAAAAGCUAAUCUUUGAUUCAGGGUUGUUUUCUAAAAUUAUGUUUUUGUUUCUUAGAAAAGAUUUAAUUUUAUUUAUGUCAUUAUCAUUGGAUGUAUUAUUUUUAGCAUUAGUUAGAUAAUAAGUUUGUUUCUAUUUUAAAAUGAGAAUUUAAGCAAUAAAG